AGGAGAGCAGGAGGGCGAGGAGGGGGGGAGCGGGGAGGAGCACGCGGGGAGAAGGCAGCGGGGAGGAGCCUGCAGUGAGGAGGCAGCCGCGCUGGGAGGAGUCUGCAAACUUUCAGCGCGAGGGCAUUGUGGGAAGCAGCCAUGGUCUAAGCCGGGCGCCUCACCUGUCAGCCGCACCGGCUCCUGCGCUCGCCUCUCGCCCUCGCUUCUCCAGCGCUCCUUGCUCGCAAGGCGAGGGCGGCGGCGGCCCAGCCACGAUGAUACAUUUCAUAUUGCUCUUCAGUCGACAAGGGAAAUUACGGCUACAGAAAUGGUACAUCACUCUCCCUGACAAAGAGAGGAAAAAGAUCACCCGGGAAGUUGUUCAGAUUAUUCUCUCCCGUGGUCACAGGACAAGCAGUUUUGUUGACUGGAAGGAGCUAAAACUUGUUUAUAAAAGGUAUGCUAGUUUAUAUUUUUGCUGUGCAAUAGAAAAUCAGGACAAUGAGCUCUUGACGCUAGAGAUUGUGCAUCGUUACGUGGAGCUGCUGGACAAAUAUUUUGGAAAUGUCUGCGAGCUGGAUAUUAUCUUCAAUUUUGAAAAGGCUUAUUUCAUCCUGGACGAGUUUAUAAUAGGUGGAGAAAUUCAGGAAACAUCCAAGAAAAUUGCUGUCAAAGCCAUUGAAGACUCUGAUAUGUUACAGGAGACAAUGGAAGAAUACAUGAACAAGCCUACAUUUUAACUGGAAAUCUACUUGAAGACUCCAGCACUACAUGUUAUGAAGCUGUAAAUAAGCAACGCCUCCCAUCCAGUUUUUUGAUGGAGCCUCAGGCACCAUGCCAAAAAUAAUUUAAAGGGAUUCUUUGUUAACUAACAAAGUUAAAGUUGUUUAACAUAUUUAUAAUUACUAUGUGUCUGUAUUAUUAAAAAAAAACAAAGAAAAAAAACUAUGUGUCUGUAUUAUACUGUACAGGGUGCUUGUAGCUCUAAAUGUUUAAAGUAACUACCACCUAACCCAACAGACAAUAUUUGUAAUGUAUUAACUCCAUGUUAUGUUUUUAAGCUAGUUUAGAUAAAUUAGCUGCAAUUUUUUUUGCAUUUGACACAAUAUUGUAAUAAUCCAUAAUUUUGAAUGUAAAGUAUAUAUGAUGUCAUUAAUACUUUUUCUAAAUGUUUAGUUUUUUAAAUUGUAUAAUAAUUCAAAAUUAUGUUAAUAGUGCAGAGUUUAUAUGUAAUGCUAGACAUUUUUCAUACACUUAAUAGUACUGUAACUGCAAUUCACAUACAAAGUGUCUGAUUUUAAUGUGCUGAAUUCAUUUUUUUUCAGAAUUGAGAUUAAGAAAAUAACCAAAGAGUAUAGAACUUAAUACGUGUUUUUGAUGCCUUAGAAGCUGCUAUCUUGACUGAGAUUUUAAUUUAUCUUUUAAUUGAAUAUAAGGGACAUUCCAAUAAGGUUUUCUACAAACUAUAUAUUUAUUAAGGUUUAUAGAGACCUAGAGAUACAGCAUCUAUGAUUUCCUUUAUUAUUCUAAAACAGUAUGAUAAGAAUUAAUAACAAUAGCAAUAAUAAUUAUUGCUACUAUUUUUUAAAAUUCAUGUUCCAAGCACUCUUAGAUGCUGGAAAUUUCAUUUCAAAUAUGUUUUAAUGUAUCUCUAAUGCAUUUGAAGACUUAUUACAUGGCUUACUUAGAGCAUUUAAGAUUAUCACAGCCUAUAUGGUAGAUUCCUUUCCUCCUUUUUUCUUUUCUCGCCCUUUCCUCCCCAAAGAAAAGAUUUGCUGCUGACCAUUAUUACUGUAAAUAUAUCACAUUUGUGCUUCCUGGAAUGAAAAUUCUGUAUAACCAGGUCCUAACAGUGAUCAUACAUUAUUACAGGGAAAUAGCCUGUAGGCCGGGUGCGGUGGCUCAUACCUGUAAUCCCAGCACUUUGGGAGGCCGAGGCAGGCGGAUCACUUGAGGUCAGGAGUUCGAGAGCAGCCUGGCCAAUAUGAUGUAGCCCCAUCUCUACUAAAAAUACAAAAAUUAGGCUGGCGCGGUGGCUCAUGCCUGUAAUCUCAGCACUUUGGGAGGCAGAGGUGGGCGGAUCACAAGGUCAAGAGAUCGAGAGCAUCCUGGCCAACAGGGUGAAACCCCAUCUCUACUAAAAAUACAAAAAAUAGCUGGGUGUGGUGGUGCAUGCCUGUAGUCCCAGCUACUUUGAAGGCUGAGGCAGGAGAAUCGCUUGAACCCGGGAGGCAGAAGUUGGAGUGAGCCGAGAUUAUGCCACUGCCCUCCAGCCUGGGCGACAGAGUGAGACUUCUCAAACAAACAAAAAAAUUAGCCAGGCGUGGUGGCAGGUGCCUGUAAUCCCAGCUACUCAGGGGGCUGAGGCAGGAGAAUGGCUUGAACCCAGGAGACAGAGGUUGCAGUGAGCCAAGAUCACACCAGUGCACUCCAGGCAGGUGACAGAGCAAGACUUCGUCUCAAGAAAAAAAAAAAAGAAAGAAAAAGUAAAAGCUUGUAGUAUUCUGUCUUGCUGCCUGCUAUUUGAUGUUUUACCUGUGCAUUUUCAAUGUCAGCUAUGAGGUCUGGUAUCAUUCAUAUUAGAGUGGUUUGGGACCUCCAGUGAUUUCCUAGAAGAGUGCGUUUCCUGUUGGAUUCUUUAGGAAAUCCCAUCUGGUAGACUUUUAGAAAACCCGAUGGAAAAAUGUUCUCUUUAGUUUGCCUCAAGAUAUAUUUAGGGAAAACAGCAAAGCAAGCAGAAGAACAAAGGGAAAAAUUCACCAAUUCCUCAAUAUAACCAUUAUUCAAAGGAAAUAACUCAGAUUAGCAUAUACAAUAAUCAUUAGCAUUUUACUAUCCAAUAUUUCUUCAAGUUACCAUGUAAUUACAAUUAUGGCAUCAGCUUGAAGUUUGUCAUGCAUGAUUGAUCACUGUGUUUACUUUAGCUAAUCUUCAGUUUUGUGGUUUAACUUUUUAAUGUGGUAGAAUUUUUCCCUCCUUCCCUCCUUCCUUCCUUCCCUCUUUCUUUCUCUCUCUCUCUUUCUCUCUUUUUCUCUCUCUCUUUCUCUUUCUUUCUUUCUUUCUUUCUUUCUUUCUUUCUUUCUUCUUUCUUUCUUUCUUUCUUUCUUUCUUUCUUUCUUUCUUUCUUUCUUUCUUCUUUCUUUCUUUCUUUCUUUCUUUCUUCUUUUUCUUUCUUUCUUUCUUUCUUCUUUUUCUUUCUUUCUUUCUUUCUUCUUUUUCUUUCUUUCCUUCUUUUCUUUCUUUCUUUCCUCGCUUCUUGUCACCCAGGCCAGAGUGCAAUGAUGUCAUCUCAGGUCACUGCAGCCUCCGUCUCCUGGGUUCCAACAAUUCUCCUGCCUCAGCCUCCCGAGUAGCUGGGAUUAUAGGCAUGCGCCACUACACCUGGCUAAUUUUGUAUUUUUAGUAGAGUUGGGAUUUCUCCAUGUUGGUCAGGCUGGUCUUGGACUCCCAACCUCAGGUGAUCUGCCUGCCUUGGCCUUCUGAAGUGCUGGGAUUACAGGCAUGAGCCACUGCAUCCGGCCGAAUUCUUUAUUUUUUCAAUACAAUUUUGUAAAGAUGGACCUCAUGUAAAUCCAUCACAGUUUUUCCAGUUCUUUUGAAAUUUGUCACCAUAUUUGGAUAAAGAUAUCUCUUGAACCUCAUUCAAAUAUACUACACAUGUUCUGGAUAAUUCCAUAUUAGACACUCUAGCUAUGGACAGGGCUUCUCAGACUUCAUAUCAAUGUCACACAUAGAAAGUAAAUAUAUCUCAUCCGGGUGAGGUGGCUCACGCCUGUAAUCUCAGCACUUUGGGAGGUCAAGGCAGCAGAUCAUCUGAGGUCAGGAGUUCGAGACCAGCCUGGCCAACAAGGUGAAACCCUGUCUCUACGAAAAAUUCAAAAAUUAGCUAAGUGUUGUAGCGCAUGCUUGUAGUGCCAGCUACUCAGGAGGCUGAGGCAGGAGAAUGGCUUGAACCCGGGAGGCAGAGGUUGCAGUGAGCUGAGAUCGCGCCACUGCACUCCAGCCUGGGUAACAGAGUGAGACUCUGUCUAAAAAAAAAAAAAAAAGAACAAAAGAAAGUAAACAUAUCUAUAUGGCGCAGUGGGGUGAAGGGUAAAUUUGAAGGAUUUUAGGGACAUCUCACAUGGGCCUAGGCUAAAAUAGUCACUGUGUUUUCUUUAUAUUAUGUAAUUACCAUCAAACUACCAAGGGAAAGGAAAGACAAUAAAUGUUAAAUUUCUAUAAAACUUUCAAAAUAAAAUGUUUUAACAUUUUUUAAUGAGGAACUUGGUGUGUUUUCAUGAAUAUACUUUUUUUUAAGUCAGAUUUUAUGUUUGAAAUUGCUACUCAUAAUUCCUGGUGAUGUCUCUUUAAUAUGACCUCUUUAAUUUCUUGGUACCUACCAACAAGAAGUGUAGGGAAAAGAAAGACAGAUCAGACUGUUACUAUGUCUAUGUAGAAAGGGAAGACAUAAGAGACUCCAUUUUGAAAACGACCUGUACUUUAAACAAUUGCUUUGCUGAGAUGUUGUUAAUUUAUAGCUUUGCCCCAGCCACUUUGACCCAACCACUUUGACCCAACCUGGAGCUCAUAAAAACAUGUGUUGUAUAAAAUCAAGGUUUAAGGGAUCUAGGGCUGUGCAGGACGUGCCUUGUUAACAAAAUGUUUACAAGCAGUAUACCUGGUAAAAGUCAUCGCCAUUCUCUAGUCUCAAUAAACCAGGGGCACAAUGCACUGUGGAAAGCCGCAGGGACCUCUGCCCUUGAAAGUGGGGUAUUGUCCAAGGUUUCUCCCCAUGUGAUAGUCUGAAAUAUGGCCUCGUGGGAUGAGAAAGACCUGACCGUCCCCCAGCCUGACACCCGUAAAGGGUCUGUGCUGAGGUGGAUUAGCAAAAGAGGAAAGCCUCUUGCAGUUGAGAUAGAGUAAGGCCACUGUCUCCUGCCUGCCCCUGGGAGCUGAAUGUCUCGGUAUGAAACCCGAUUGUACAUUUGUUCAAUUCUGAGAUAGGAGAAAAACCGCCCUAUGGUGGGAGGCGAGACAUGUUUGCAGCAAUGCUGCCUUGUUAUUCUUUACUCCGCUGAGAUGUUUGGGUGGAGAGAAACAUAAAUCUGGCCUAUGUGCACGUCCAGUCACAGUACUUUCCCUUGAACUUAAUUAUGACAUAGAUUCUUUUGCUCACAUGUUUUUUGCUGACCUUCUCCUUAUUAUCACCCUGCUCUCCUACUACAUUCCUUUUUGCUGAAAUAAUGAAAAUAAUAAUCAAUAAAAACUGAGGGAACUCAGAGACCGGUGCCGGUGCAGGUCCUUGGUGUGCUGAGUGCUGGUCCCCUGGGCCCACUGUUGUUUCUCUAUA